AUGGGAUCCUAUGUCUCUGUGGUGAGAUGCAGGUCUGAUUAUGGUAUGAAUAUCACUUGCGAUGGCAAUGUCACCAGCCUGAGAGGCACAGUCCCUCCCAAUCCCGACGUCGCUGGCAUAGGGAUUGUAUCUGUGUUCAUCGCGGUCACCAUGUUCGCCCUUGCUCUGAGUGCUAUUGAUGUUCUUUGGCGCAUGUGGAAGCUUUGCCACAACCUUCCUUCAACUUCGCCGGGACAAUUGUUCAGCUUGACCGAAAUAUGCGAGGCUCUAGUCCUGUCCUGCAGUGAUCAACAAGUCUUUACCGGCGGCGCCUUCGCAAUCUCGCUUCGCUACUACAACGGCUGUUCCGUGACCGCAUAUCACUACAACGUACUUGCUAACAUGUUGCUUUUGACAUGUGCGACGCAUUUACUUUCGAUGUCGAUCGUCCGAAAUUACUGGCGCAACCUCUGGCAAAGUUCUCUAAGAGUCAUUCUCAUAUCUGGAAUCAUACUGGUCACCGGUUUGGUCCUCACAAAUCAAGACGCAGACACUCCUAUAAAAUUUCCAACCGUCAUACCAGGUGUGAAUGAAACAAACAACGGCCUCCUAUUUCUACCAGCCGCUUGCUUUCAGGCCGAUGCGCACAUGUGGAAGACCAUACAGGAGACAGUUAGCGGUCCAGAACAAUCCCGAAAUGCGAUUUUCCUGGACAGCCCAAGCAACCACAUAAGAGGCUGGGGGUACUACUUAGCUAUGCUGCUUUGGUAUCUUCUUGCGCUGGUUGUCACUUAUGUGCGCCGCUUCUACCACAUCCUUCGGAAGUACGGGGCCUGGGCUGCGAUAGGCAGGGCUUUCAUUCCCAUCUGCUGUUCGAGCUGGGUUCCGGAAGAAGAGAACGAUACAAACGACAAGCCCCACAAAUUAUUCAAGUGGCUACAUACUAUUUACAUGCUUUCCGGUGUAUCUCUUGGCUCAGCAACGGCAAUUACAUCAGCGAACUUCAUCAUGACAUUGAGACGCUGGGCUCAAAACUCCGGCUGGCUGGAAACCGACCCGACAAAGUUGCAAGUGAGCCCUGAGGACGACGCAACUUCUUUUGGACAACAGGUGCCCAUUCUCCUCACCUUGCUGACUGUAUUCACGGCGGCUCAGACUGUCAAUGGCAAGCAAAACACAUUUACAAAGUGA